CUUGGAGUCUCAAGGAAGAUGCAUCCCUAAAGCUAAACGAUGAAGUAAGCAAUGAUGACUAGACUAUACCGUAUGUCUUAAAAUCAGCAUUAUUGUUACCCUGAAAGAAACUGCCAGGCUCUGAAACAAGAGAUGGCGAGGCCUCUUGACAGGAACACAAGAGAACAUGUGCAAACAGAAGAAGAAACUGAAGGCCAGAUUAGAUUUACUGAGAUAUGUCCAGACUCUGUUCGCUUUGAAUGGGGAAUUCCAGAUGAUGUGAAUGUACAACAAAAAUACCAAGUCACAUGGAAUAAUGAGGAAAGACAAGUUUCUAAGAAAAUUUAUGCAAAUCAUUUUGAGAUAAAAAAUCUUUCACCUGGCACAAGUUAUACCAUCACAGUUGUGGCGAUUGAGGACAACUGCAAAACCAGUUUCUCAGCAUCUGUGUGUACAGUAAUCACAGCACCUGAGAAUUUUGAAUAUGUCUCAGGGGAUGCAACAAUUGCAAGACUAAGAUGGAGCCGACCUCAGAAAUUGGAUCCAAGUCUCUACAAAUUCCAAGUGAUCAAUUAUAAAAAUGGAGAGGAAACAGAAUCAGUGACUAUGAAAUCAAAUUCAAAUGAAAUCACAUUGGAAGACCUUCUGCCUGCCACUGAGUACAUAGCUACAAUAAGCACAGUACUGGAUGAUGAGAAAAAGAGCGAGCCAGCUGUUUUAAUUUACCAUACAAAGCCAGACCCACCAGCAAACCUGCAAAUCAUAACAGGUGCAACUUCCAUUCGUCUGAAAUGGAUGUAUCCUUUCAGUGAUGUCAACAUUCAACACAAAUUCAGGGUGAUCUGGAGUGAUGAAAACAACAUUGAACAUGGAACAUUGAAGACAAAAGAGACAGAGACAGAUAUAUUUGGUUUAAAACCAGGAACUGAGUAUUUCUUCUCUGUCUGCACUCUGUUGGAAUCAAGUGGGAUUGAGAGCACUCCUGCAAAGAUCACAAAAUGCACAAAUAUAAAUAUGGAAUCCGUAUUAAUGGAACUGGGACUACGACACCACCUGAAAGAGAAACUGACUUUACAGCACGUGUUGACAUUAAUGAAGCAGUCAGAUGAGCACAAAACUUCACACAGUUUUAGAUCAUUACCGUGGCUUUUUCUCAGAAAGCUAAUGAUGGUCAAUUCGUCAGCCAGAAGUAUCCAAUUUUCUUCAAAGUGUAACUCUGAAAAGAAAGGCCUCAAUAUCAUUGAGACAACUUCAGAUGAUUACAACGAUCAGGAAGGAAUGAAUAUUCUUGAUUUGAUCACAGCUCUAUUCCACUGUUCCGAUCCUUUCCUCCAACAAGAAAUGGCUGUAAAAAUGUCAAUGUGUCAGUUCUCUGUGCCUUUGCUGCUGCCAAACUGUGACACCAAGCAGUGCUCAUUAAUGCUUUGGGCUUUGAGGGACAUUACUAAGCAGUUUAGAUCCCAGAACGGUUUAGAGGAGAACAGCAUUGCACUAACUGACUUGCCCCUGAUCUCUUUUGUCAGACUAGGAAAAAGCAACUUGUCCAAGUCCGAGUUUCUAAACAAACUCCUCAGCAACAAUCAGCAGUAUCAUGACACAUUUAUACACAAGAAACUGGCAAACGGGAACAUUCAAAGAAAGGUCUCUAAUGGUCUUGUUGAAAUAAGCUGGUAUCUCCCUAGAGGAAAGAGAUAUAGUGAUAUCUUCAAAGAGCCGGUAGCUGUAGCUAAUCUCCGUGGGGAUAUUUCUGCAUUCGAAGUCCAAUUCGCCUUCUUGAGCCAUACAUCCUCUACAAUAUUUCUGUUCUGUGAUGAUUUGGACUCGAACAAGACAUUUCUGAGUUCCCUUCAAAUCAGAUCGAAAUUGGUUCUGAUUUGCACUAUAAAUGAAGGAACAUCAAGAGACCAUUUGAAACAAAGUCUGGCACAAAUGAAGCUCAAAACACACUCUGUGAUCCUCAAGGACAGGAACAUGAAUGAUGCUGAAUUUGUUGUUAAACUACAGAAGGCUGUUGGUGAAAUACUUAAAGAUUCUACAAAAGUGAGCAUCGAAAAGAUGUCAAAUAUUGCACCAGAUCUGGGGAUUAUUGUUGAUGAAAACAGUACCACUUGUCAGAAUGCAAAGGAAAAGGCAGACUUGAUCACAAAAGACAUCGCAAAUAUACCUGAAUUCAAAAGGAGGGAACUGCCUCUGCAAGGGAAACUGUGGAAGGAACUGUCCAAGCUGGAGAAAGAGAUGUGCCGACUUAAAAAGGUAGGGAAACAAAACAUUGAGCACUACAAGAGUGAACUUCAAAUUCAGAUUCAGAAUCUAAGAGCUGAUCAAAGAAAGAACAGCAUGGGCGAAGCAAUUGCUUUAUUCAUCUCUGGCUUGUGCUGCUCCAAGAAUGAGCAACAGUAUUUCCUCAAAUGGAUGAAAAUCAAUUUGGAUAGUCUAACAAGAAAGCACUUGUUCAAGCUUGAGGAGCAGUAUAGGAAAGUAAGCAAGAACCCAACAGAAGAUAAGGAAGGACUCACAGAUCUGGAAAAUCAGAUUGCUAACAGUUCUCUGGGAGUCCAACAUUUCCUUAGAGAGUUAAGUCAACUUUACGAGUCAGAAUUUGUACACUCCCGAAGCUCACUGUACAAAAGAGAGCUGAAGAGAUUGCCACAAAUAUGCGCUAAGUUGCUGCUGAAUGGGUUUCCUUUGGAACUUGUUGAUGGAGAUGCAUCAAACAUUCCACUCAUGUGGAUUAGAGAUGUGAUGAUGGAGCUUAACAAUUUGACCAAACCUCACAACAGGAUACGAGUUGUUACAGUUUUAGGGGUUCAAAGCACUGGCAAGUCAACUCUCCUUAACACAAUGUUUGGAAUUCAGCUUGCCGUUAGCAGUGGAAGAUGCACAAGAGGUGCCUUCAUGCUUCUAAUCAAUGUAUCCGAGGAGUAUAAAACAGAGCUUUGCUGUGACUAUCUCAUUGUCAUUGACACAGAGGGAUUGAAGUCUCCAGAGUUGGCAAAACUAGCUGAUAGUUAUGAGCAUGAUAAUGAACUUGCAACCCUGGUUGUUGGACUUAGCGACAUCACUAUUGUCAACAUUUCUAUGGAGAAUGUAACAGAAAUGAAAGACACUUUGCAAAUAGUUGUCCAUGCCUUUCUCCGCAUGAAGGAGGUGGGGAAAAGGCCCUGUUGCCAUUUUGUGCACCAAAACACAGCAGAUGUUGCCGUGCGAGAAAAGACCUUGAGAGAGAGAAAGAUUUUCUUGGAUCAGAUGGAUAUUAUGACACAAGCAGCUGCUAAAAUGGAGAAAAGGGGCAACAACAAGAAAUUCACAGACAUUCUAGAGUAUGAUAUUGAAAAAAACAAUUGGUACAUACCUGGAUUGUGGCUCGGAACACCUCCGAUGGCUCCUGUUAAUACGGGUUACAGCGAUGAGGUGAAUAACUUCAAGGAUGGGAUACUUACAGUUUUCAAGGCAACAAAAGUCCCAGCACAGGAAUUCAUGAAAUUUGAAGAGUGGAUCCACAGUCUGUGGAAGGCUGUUAAAUUUGAGAACUUUAUUUUCAGUUUUCGCAACAGCCUCGUCGCCGAAGCAUACUCCAGACUUUGUGCAGAGUUUAACACAUGGGAAUGGACAUUCAAGAAGCAUAUGAUUGCCUGGUCUACAAGAUCUGAAACCACAAUCACAAACAUGAGCGCAAUGUCGGUCAAGUCAGAGGAUGCACGUAACAUCGAUGACAUGUUAGCUGAUUUGAAAAAUGAAGCUACUAAUGAGUUAGACAAAGAGGAGAAAGUUCUUUUUGAUAAGAUCCAGCAAUAUUUUGAAAGUGAGGAGGAACAUGUGUGCCUCGUCGAAAAUCACAAGGAGGAUUUUUUAAAUUGUGCACGAGGCCUUAGAAGGGAGACAGAGCAGGAUUUAAGGAACAAACUGGACAAUGCUGUUUUGAUCCAGAAGGGAAUUGCAGAAGUGCUACACAUCAAGCAAAAACAGAGGGACACCAUGAGAAAAAAAGUGCUCAAAAUGAUCAGUGUCUGCAGGAAUAAAACGAACAAUCUUACCGAAAGUGAACUAAAUGAGGAAUUUGAAAAGCUGUGGGAUGACACUGUGAGGCAGUAUUCGUUCAAAGCUCUGUCAAGACAAGACGUAGGAAAGGAAACUUACCAACUUUUGCGCAAAAACUUGGAAAUGAAAGGAGAAGCGGUACGUGAGAUUCUGUCAAGUAGCAUGCCUUUAGAUCAAUGUGGCACAGAACCCUUUUUGGCAAAGGCUGAAACCGAGAAUGGUCUACUGCAAAAAAUUGUACAAUAUUGUCUGCCAGAGCAAAGGAACAGAAGAAUGAAUUUAAUACAAGUGAUAUGUGAAAAAAUAAUAAACACAAGCAAGGAGUUCAUUGCCUUAAAAACAAAAGCAAAUUCAGACUACAACAGCGCUGACAUACAUGAGCUUUUGUUCUUCAUUGACAAGAAUCUGAAAGCCUAUGACAAUCUACAGAUAAGCCCUGAAAAUGAAGCAUCCAUCAAGAUCUAUAUUUGCAGUGAAGCGGCAAGAGCUUUCCAGCAAAUGCAUGAUAAUUACAUACAAAGUAAUGACCCUUGGAAAUCCCUUGAAAGGUACAAGCUGGAAUGGCUUGCUGACUUUAAAGACCUCUAUUACCAACGAGACAAUUGUCAGAACAAAGCAGAUAUCUGUGUAAAGCAAUGCCUCACGCCUGCCGUGAAGGAAUACAUCCAAAAACGUCUUGGGCCUGACAUUGUGGAUGAAAUGUUGUCUGGCGAAAGAGGCAUUUCUUUCAGCACACGCUCAUUUUUCCAGUUUUCACUUUUAAAAGAGCUGCUUCGGGAAGAUGAUUUCAGGUAUAUUUUUAAAUACAUAGACAACUAUGAGGAGUUUGUGACACUGUGGAUUUCAGAAAAGAUCAUUGGUCAUUUCUCAAAGGGAGGGGGUUUAUCAAAGUUAGAGAUGAAGCAUUUGAAAAUAAUCACCAAAAAACUCAAGGAAGCUGUUGAAGGUGCACAGAGAGUGGCAAACAAUUGGAAAGGCAAUGGAGAAGAUGCAAACAUCUGCAAUUUUGUGAACAAUGUUUUCAAAAAUCUUAACAAAGAGUUGGUCAUCCCAACUGAUGCCCUCAAUGCAACUCUUGUCCUGAACAACUCUAACCCUGCUGAGUUUGCAGAUUGCCUUAAACCAUCAAUAGACAAAAUGUUUUUCAGCAUAGAAGAUGAAUUUAGGAGACACGGGGAUGUGAGGGCUAAGAUAGCCAGUCUUCCAUUUAACAUGCCUCAAGUGGAACUCUUCAGCAGAGUGUUUGGCUGUGGGAAAAGGUGUCCAUUCUGCAGUGCACCUUGUGAAGCUGGAGGCAAAAAACAUAUGGAGCAUUAUGCUUCUGUCCAUCGACCACAAGGCAUUGGUAGAUAUAGGUGGAUUGAAAGUGAAAUGCUAAUUCCUGACAUAUGCUCAUCUCUUGUUGCUAGUGAAAAGACAUUUCGCUGUAAAGACACGGGAUAUCAGUUUUAUCCAUUUAAGGAAUACAGAAAAUUCUACCCAGACUGGAAGAUACAAUCUGAUGCUAGUAUUGAAGCCACUGACUUCUGGAAGUACAUCUUUGCCAGAUACAACACAAAGUUUGCAGAGAAAUACAACGCUAAACCAGCAAACGUACCUGUUAGUUGGCAUAAAAUAUCGGCAAGUCAGGCAAAAAGAAGCUUGGAAGGAACAUUCGGAUUGAGAUCACAAUCAAAAUAUUAUUGAUCUUUUGAUGGAUGAUAUAAAUAAAUUACUUAGAAAUCUGUAGAAUCCCAAGUAGAGGUGACCUGGAGAAAUAUUAAGAUCACCAUUAAGCCUUUGAGUAAACCUGACUCUGGCCUAUUCCAGGGGUGAUGUAAAGUAUUGCACAGCAUUUCCUAUAGAUAACUAGUGUUUGCCAAAAUUCAGUCAGUAAUAAAAUUAGGCUUGGGAUCAUGAGCAGAGCUUUUUCAACAUAUUUUGUAACCUGCCAUAAGUGGUCUACUAAAUAAUUAAAAACAUGAACUUUAGCAAACUGUUAAACGGUUUAUUAGAAAUGUAAACAUAUACUGUCAUUUAAAUACAAAUAAAAUAUACAUAUUUCUCUUCUUGUAAAACAUUUGACUGAUGACUACAGUAUGCAUAACUAUAUUUAUACUAUAAAUAAAUAUGAGAG